UUUAUAGCCAAUUGGAAUUUUUAACCGCUGUAUCAACCAACAGUAACCAUUGUGAUUUAUUUAACUCUUCAUUCGAUUUUCGAUAGCUCAGUCAAUUUGGAUAAAGUGGACCUAAUAUUUCUACAGAGAUCUUGAACAACUUUCUGGUGACUGUAGGCAAGAACGACGUACUGGCUUGUUCAAGGUUCAGCAAAAAUGUGAAUUUUAACGUAUUGGCAACUUUUUUCCAUUUGCUUGCUACUUCUACCAUUGAAAAGGAUUAGGCCCCAUAAUAUGACUAUCUCGAAGUAAAAUUAUCCAAAAACGCGUCUAUACAGACACGAGUGCUACGCCUGCUUUUGGUUUACUGCAAAUGUUCCCGAAUUUGGUACUAUGGGUAUAUUCCAAAAGCUGGUACAGUUUUUGGGCGUAAGAAAAAGGGAAGUGAACGUUUUAGUCGUUGGGUUGAACAACAGUGGAAAAUCAACAGUGGUGAACCGAUUCAAGAACCAAGAUGAAAGAGUUACAGAAAUUGUACCAACUGUUGGAUUUGCGGUGGAGAGAUUCCAGAAUCAGAAUUUGGCCUUCACAGCUUUCGACAUGUCUGGUCAUGGAAGGUAUCGGGACCUUUGGGAACAUUACUACAAGGACUGUAAUGGAAUAAUUUUUGUAAUAGACAGCAGUGACAGGUUACGACUAGUAGUCGUUAAAGAAGAGCUAGACCUUUUGCUCCAACAUCCCGAUAUAUGCAAUAGGCGUUUGCCAAUUUUGUUCUUUGCCAAUAAAAUGGAUUGUAAAGAGGCGCUUAGUAGUGUGAAGAUUGCGGCGGCAUUAGGUCUGGACAAAAUCAUGGACAAGCCGUGGCACAUUUCGGCUAGCAAUGCACUAACAGGCGAAGGACUACAAGAAGGUGUCGAAUGGAUGACCCAACAAAUCAGGGACAUAAUUUUAGCCAAAGGUUCAUAGUAUACGAAUCUACAUGAAGUUUGAAAACAUACUGCUAAUCUAAUCCUUUUGAAAUAUGUAAGCUUUAAUUAGAAUCAAGUGUUUAAGAUGUUUAGUUCAUAAUUGCUGCAUAUUGUAUAUACUUCCGGCUUAGGCAAUAAAAAUACUAUAUAUCCUAUAGUUGUCACCAUUUUUUCAUCAGUAUGAAUGUUGUCAGGGACAAUCAUGAAACACUGUAAAACAAUUAUAAUUCCUUUUAUUCAUUUUUGUGUAUUAUUACAUCAAGCUAUCCAAGAAUUUUUGAGCAGUGCCUAGUCAGCUUUUCCUGCGAUAUGUUUUUGGACACUGUAUCUGAAAAAAUCUAGCAGCAACUAGUAGUAGG